ACCGUGUCGCGUUCACGGAAGCUCGUGCACGGGAUGUCAACAGACCGGAUUACUGUGUGCUCCUAAACUUCAAUUUUCCACAAGUUUCAAGUGUCGUGAGUUUUGUUUUCCCGGUGAAACCACUCGAACAUCUGCAGUGAUAUAUUUCACCCGCACUGAACCGUAAAAGGCCUAACAGGCCUCUAUGGAGAAUAAACGUGAGGUUUGCAGCCCUUUCAUCCCACGACGCAACCCUCUGAGGAAAACCAGCGCGGAGAUCGUCCGUGAGGCCAGACAGUCUCUGCGAGUUCAGUCCACCCAUCGACCUUUCACCCCCAGCGAUGGACAGAGGCAUCUAUUUGGGAGAAACUCCAUUCGUGUAGAACGUGACAACAGGCCUCCAUCUGCCUUCAGUCUUCAUUCUCAAAAUUUUGACGCGCCAGACUCCAGGCCGGGUUCAGGGAUUCGCCUCUCACCUCUGGGCCAUAAGCCGAAGUUUCCAGUCCUGUGCAAUGCAGAGGAUCCACUCAAGGCCUUUCCCAAACCUCCUUCUGCCCCGGCGGAGGGAAGAAAGGGGCAGACACGAGCACGGGCACGCCUCCUUAAGGCUGCAUCUGUCUCUACAUUAUCACCUGUGGAAGGACACAAAGAGGUUCGAGAGAGAUUAAAUUCAGCUGCAGGACAAAAGCCGGUGUCAGCCAAGCAGCUCUCCAGUGAAGCCCACGCCACAGUUCACCACGGCCCUCUCAAACCUGACCCUCGGAGAGCGGCCAGUGAAAGCACAAUAGCACAGAGCAGUGUUGACUCAGAGGGACGACCCACAGACUGCAGAGUGGAGCAGGAAACAGGCCGGGGGUAUGGAGAAAAGGCCACAAGCACAGACAAGGAUCCAGAUUCACUCGUGUGGAAUGAUUCAAUCGUGCCUCUUCUUCAACAGCUAGAAAGUGAGGCUGCAGGCGUUUCUGAGGGCUCCGUCGACCGCCUGUGUGAUUUAUGUGACCGUCUCCACGGCGCCCUGGCAGAAGCGGACAUGCUCGGCCGACGCUGUAAGAGGAGGUCAGGGAUACUCCGAGCGCUGUUCCGCCUCAUCGACCUCAACUCCGUCCAGCUCAACCUUCACGUCGCCAAGCUUUGCCUCGCCUUGUGUGUCAGUGAAAACAACCUCCUCAACAUCUGUAAGCUCGUCUUCCAGAUCAGCCGAAGUGAAAACAACGACAUCUUCUUCCAGAGGAACUCCAUCAUUGAUUUGUUGCUGGACGUGCUGAGCAGGGAGGAAGUGUCCUCAUCUGGAGAGGCCCUGCUGUACUGUGUUGGUACACUAAAGUUUCUCUCAGGAAACUCAGUCCUCCUCAGACUCUUGCUGGAAAAAAACUGCAUCGGCGUGACUCAGAAACUCCUCCAGAAGCUCUGCGCUGUAGAAGACACGCUCCUCACGAUAUCGGGACACAUCCUGGUGCAGCUGACCGCCACCCUGAGGAAUCUUGCCGAUCACCCUGAUUCCCGGCCGCUCUUUGUCUCUUUCUCCAUAUUGUCAUUGCUGUGCACUGUGCUCCGUCAACAUUGUGAAGACCAAGACAUCUGCACCAAUAUUUCCAGGAUUUUCAGUAAACUCUCCUCUUACUCCGAGUGCCGCCUGGCUCUGGCUCAGACCCCCGACUGCUACCAGCUAUUUUUAGAACUGCUGAGCAAACAUCACCAAAAGCAGGACCUUGUCGUGCGCCUUCUCUUCACCCUGGGAAAUCUCGCCGCGAAGAGCGACGAGCCUCGGCAGCAGCUCUUCCAGUGCGACGGGUGUGUGGACACGCUGAUCCAGCUCUACAGACACUACCAGCAGAGAGAGGCGCCCGUGCAGAAGGACGGCCUUUCCCGCCGUGGGGCUCCCGCUCGUGCCGCAUCUGCACAGGAGGCCGAGGACGUGCUGGUGAAGCUGGUCAGACUGCUGGCGAACAUGUGCAUCCACCCAACUGUAGGCCCAUCACUGGCUGCAGACGCAGCCUGCGUCCAGCUGCUGAUGGAAACACUGGAGCUGAGGUCAGCGCAGGAGAGCGAGGAGCUCCUGGUAAACGUGGCCGCAACCAUCAACAACCUGUCCUUCUACAAGGAGGAACGCUCUCUGAUCAGCCGCGACGGAGUCCCCAUCGCAAAGUUGAUGCUGAAGUUGAUGCUCAGCUCCAGCCCGGAGGCCAUGCUCGAGGCCACCCGGGUCUACGGAAACCUGUCGCAGGCCAAGAAUGUGAGGGACUUCAUGAUGCAAAACAAAGUGCAUCUGUUCAUGGUGGCGCUGCUCGACUCAAAGAGCACCGACGUGUGUUUCUCGGCCUGUGGGGUCCUCAUCAACCUGGCUGUGGACCCUCCCAGCAGGGCCUGCCUCUCACAGGAGGGGGCCGCCGCCAAGCUGGUGGACUGCCUCAGAGACUUGGGGCCAGGCGAUUGGCAGCUGGCGGGCCGGGUCUGCCAGGCCUUGUGGAACCUGACUGGCAGCGGUUCGGGGGAUGUGUUGGACCCUCGUGACCGGGACUCACUGCUGGACGUCCUCGUUGUGUACGCAGAUGAAGAGGAGGCUGUGAAGUGGAUAGAGAGCGAAGAUGCCAGGGGUCAACACAAAGCAUGCUGGGAGACACACUUUCUACCUGUUGCUCAAAAACUGAUGAAACUACUCCAGACUGCAGACUCCAUCCCUUAAUACACAUGAAGUUUAAGCUUUGAGUUGCACAUAUUUUUCAGUUUCAAGUUGUUGUUUUGCUUUUUUCACACACACCUCAUGCGGCCAGCCUGGAUUCAUAUCAGCUCGGAGAGACUUCUAGAUGAGCAGCAGAAGCAGAAAAAAAAAAAGCCUGUGAAUUCCCACAGAAGCUCAUUAGCCACCUCCUGCACUAUAAUCCUCUGAAUAUGAUCAGUCUGCUCCCAGCAGCCGCCGCUCUGCCUCCUCAUGACGGCGCGCCCGAAGCAGGCUGCAGCUGCUGUUUUUCACAGAGGAUGAGGUUACAAACGUUUUCACAGCCGCUUCUACAGCCUGCACACGGAUUCACGGCGAAGACAACAGAUUUCAAUUUGAGCGAAAAAUACAGGUAGUUAUGUCGAAUGGAAACUUGAAUUGAACUGUAAGAGAAACAUGGGAGAAUGUGAACAUCUAGAUGUUUUCAGUGCUCUGUUUGAACCUGAUCUGCUGCUUUCAUGUCUCCAAUCAGCCACUAUGUGUCUUAUUACCAGGAGCCUUAUUUGUUUUUUGUUUAUGAGGCUUGACCUCGACUGUUGGGCACCCUGCUUAGAAUUCUGGGUGUGGCAGGAAGGGGUCAUCCAGUGUAUCAACUGGGCCGCUCUGCUGUUCAAGUUACACUGACAUGUUGUGGUGACCUCUGUUGUGGACCUUUUUUUUUUUAAUUGUUGUUCCGAAUCUUAUCAAGCACUUUAAUUUUCAGUCCCAUAAAAAUUCAUCCUUGGAUAUCUUUAAAUGUUCUUUACUCACGCUCCAAGCAUGUUUAUAUAACUGACUUGCGCUGUACAAACACUAUAUUCGAAAGACACUUUUAUGAUACUGCAGUCUUUAAAGCUGUUUGCCAACUUGGAAUUUACCUCAUAAGAAAGUCUUUAAUUGUGUGGAGUUUGACCUUAAUGAAACUCAAAAGAAUAAAAUCCAAAAAAAGGUUGUUUUUUUUUUUGCUUCUCAAAGCCUUUAUUAUUACACAGAUAUGGGGCCAGGCAGUGCUUACAAGUUACACCAAAUAGCCUAAAGUACAGCAUUUCAAAAUCACAUCAUUAUUACAUCGGAAAAAAAAAAAAAAAAAUCAGAAACGGCACUUAAUGUAAAAACCCCCGGUGUCAU